UUGCGGUAUACUCUUGCUUUCUCUUCAUCAUGGUGUCUUCUCUAUACUUCCCUCUCAUUUUUAGGUUUAUCCUGUCCUUCCAGUUGCAGCGGUCGUUUCAUCUUCCGCUUCCCACUUCCCACCGCUUCCCCUCAUCUUCUCACAUUUCAACAACAGGCUGAAGAGGCUAGGCUAGCCGCCUGGGAGGACUACUUCGACCAAUAUGGUCGUGGCAUAAGCAUGUAUCGCACCGAGACGCUGCGCAACCUCGUUCUAACUGGUCUGCCUGAAAGUCUGCGCGGCCGGCUUUGGAUGACGCUAAGUGGGGCCGAGAAUGAGGUGAUUUAA